UUUUUUAAAGCACGAAACACCUCGCGAGAGCAGAGCAGCGCUGGCUAGUGACGUGAAGUGUGCCAACUGUCGUAAAAGCGCAUGGAAGAAGAACAAAGAGCUUGGUGCUUUUGGUUCUUUCCGGUGGUUUCCGUGUGCCCAAAUAAGGAACGUAGGAGGAAAAAGAGACAACACAACUAUUCUAAACUCAACUGCCUUUAAGCCACAGCCGUCAACGUUGACGUCCAGCAGCCCCCCCACAUUCAGGAGGAAGAGGAGGAAUGUUGGAUCACUCAGGAGGGAGAGUGUCUUCUAGGGCAGGAGGAGGCUGAUCUCACCAAGUUUCCACUGACUGUUGUCUCUGUGAAGACUGAAGAGCAUGAAGACAAACCACCUGAGUCCUCACAGCUUCAUCACAGUCCAAAUGUCUGUGAAGAACAUCUUCCCUCUGAGCAACAGGAGUGGAGCUUCAGGAUGGUGAAGGAGGAGUCACCACCCUCUUACUUUAAAGAGGAAGACAAGGACCCAUUCACCCCCAACUUUAAAGGUGAAGAGGAGGUGCCAGAGACAACAGACUUUAUCAAGAAAGUGAAGGAUCCACUGACCCCCAAAAUUAAACGGAACAAGGAGGAAACACUGACCCCCCACUUAAAAAAAGAAGAGGAGGCGCCACAGACCUUCCACUUUAAAGAAGAAGAGGAGGAACACAGCAUCAGUCAGGAGGGAGAUCAUAUUGAAGGACUGGAGGAGUUCCCAGUGAUUAGUGUCAUUGUGAAGAGUGAAGAUGAUGAAAGUGAAAGUGAGGAGAAGAGAGGGGCGGAGCCUCCAAGCAGCAGCUCAACACAACACAUGACAACAGAAGCUGAUGGAGACCACUGUGGAGGAUCACAAGCAGACAAGCUCUUAGCUCCACUAUCAGAUAGUGAGGACACAACGUCACACUCUCCUGACGCUGAUGAUGAAGACUCUAAAGCUGAUAAGACAUGUCACACUGACAACACCCGCUUUAAAUGUUCUCACUGUGACAAAACCUUUAAAAACCAUUGUCAUCUGAAAAGACACAUGAGAGCGCACACCGGAGAAAAACCUUUUAUCUGCUCAGUGUGUGGUAAAGGUUUUCUACUUGGUCAAAAUUUGAAAGUACAUAUGAGAACACACACUGGAGAAAGACCGUUUAUCUGUUCAAUCUGUGGUAAAGGUUUUAUACAAAGUGACAAUUUGAAAGUCCACAUGAGAAUACACACUGGUGAAAAACCUUUUACUUGCUCAACCUGUGGUAAAGGUUUUACACAAAGUCGGUAUUUGAAAGUACACAUGGGAACACACAACGAAGAAAAACCUUUUAUCUGUUCAAUCUGUGGUAAAGGUUUUGUACAAAUUGAAACUUUGAAAGUACACAUGAGAAUACACACUGGUGAAAAACCUUUUUCUUGCUCAACCUGCGGUAAAGGUUUUACACAAAGUCGGUUUAUGAAAGUGCAUAUGAGAACACACACCGGUGAAAAACCUUUUAUCUGUUCAAUAUGUGGAAAAGGUUGUACAGAAAGUAACAAUUUGAGAGUGCACAUGAGAAUACACACCGGAGAAAAACCCUUUUCUUGUUCAAUUUGUGGUAAAGGUUUUGCACAAAGUUCAUGUAUGGAAAAACACAGGAGAAUACACACUGGAGAAAAAUCUUUUAUCUGUUCAAUCUGUAGUAAAGGUUUUGCACAAAGUCACAAUUUGAAAGCACACAUGAGAAUACACACUGGUGAAAAACCUUUUAUUUGUAUAAUCUGUGGUAAAGGUUUUGUAGAAAGUAACAAUUUGAAAGUGCACAUGAGAACGCACACCGGUGAAAAACCUUUCAUCUGUUCAACCUGUGGUAAAAGUUUCACAGAAAGUCAAUGUUUGAAAAGACACACAAGAACGCACACUGGUGAAAAAUCACAUUCCUGUUCAAUCUGCAACAGAAGCUUUCGUGAACGACCAAACCUUGUAGCACACAUGAGAACACACACAGGAGAGAAAGUGUUGAGUUGCAGUGUGUGUGGUGAAAGAUUCUCUUAUAAGUACCAGCUUGACAAACACACGUGUGCUGGUGAGAACAGCAGGAGCAAAUGAAACUGCAGGAUUUGAAAUUAACUGUCAAGACUUUAAUUUUGACUUUCUAACAACAUCAGCACAUAUAACAUGUGUGACAUUGUUGUUUGUGUAACAAUCUUUUUAGUAUACUUCUACAUUUAUAGAUUAGGUAGUUUGAAAUAUUGAAGUGAUACCGGUACAUGUUUUUAUUUCUAAUUGUUAAUGAUCCUAUAGAUUAGCACCUUUACAUAUACAUAUUUACUGGUUCACAUCUGAAACAUCUUCUGGACCACUUUAGGAAGCAUAUUAUUAUUUACUUUAUACAUAAUUGGAACAGUUGUCUUUUAUAGAACUUUAAAAUGUGUGAAUUUAUAAAUCAUUUGUUGGGUCUCUAUAAUCAAUGUUAUUAAUUACUGUAUCUGUGUUACUCUCUUUUGUAAUAUGAUGAUUGUGUUGUGAUUGUUGUAUAUGUAUGUCCCCAGACCUUUAUGCAAUACAAAAGUGAGAGAAAAUGGCUGAAUUGUUUGUGGAAGGAUGGUUUUGAUUUUACACACUUACAUUUGCGGAUAAAACAAAACAUCCCAUUAUUGGGUUUUAAACAUUUUUAAUGUUAUUUUGUUCUUUUUUAACAUCCCAGAAACAAUAUCAAUAUCAAUCAAAGUUUGGAGUGACAUGCAAAAGCCAAUAUUGUACAUCAUCCCACAGAGAUUUACUUUGCAUACAUUCAUAAAAUAAACUGUUUAUUUUGUUUCCCUAUCACAGAAAGAACAA